AUGAUGGAAAUAUCCAUAAAUAACUGGAGGAGCUGCUCUCUAAAGGGAUGUCCAUCCAGGAUAUUCAGCGAAGAGACCCAUGGACCUCUGAAAAUACUCACUUCCCCAAAUGGCAUAGGAGCUGUUCUACUUAAGAGCAGAUCCAAAUACCAGUUUAUUGAAAAGAGAUUGGGCAAGAGAAUCAGAAAGAAGUCUGACUUUAUUGUGGUUGAUGGAAAUGGGGUCUCCCUACCAUUUGAUUUCAUUCUGAAGGAAGUGGUUGAAGACGGAAGAGAGGAGUAUGUUGCAAUAAUACAUAAGUUCUAG